AACGUCUCGAAACCCGUAGAAAGCGUUCCCCAGCUAACCCGCCACCCUAUAUAAUACAAAUCGCAUCUCAAAGGAAUUUCAGGAAAAAAAAUAAAAAUCAGAAAGGUACUGAUCAGAUAAACAACUGCGCUCCGAUUUUUUUCCUUCUUUUUUUGGGUUGGUGGAUCGAUUUGAGCUGACAACUGAGUCAUCUGGAUUCGUGGAACAGAUUGGUGGUUUUUGUUUUUCUAGUUUUUUACACACUGUAAUUUCCAUUUUUGUUGACAGUUGAUUUCUGAAGGACAAUCAUACUAUUCUGUGAAAAGGUGGAUGGAUUCAUAUUACCCAUACCAUAGGAAUCAAGUGAUGUCUGCCCCAUAUUAUUGUCCAAGCGGUCAAAUUGGCAGGCCUCAUUUGAAAGUGGACCCAAUGGUGCCUUGUGAAUUUUGGCCGUUUCAGUUUGGUGGCAAUCAAGGCGGCGGCUAUGCAUAUCCAGUUCCAGAAUUCCAUGGCUGCCAUUAUCAACCUCCUCAACCAAGCUGCUGUGCUUUCAGACCUCCUUAUCCUUAUGCUGCUCCACCUCAUCAUUGUCAUGGCAUAUAUUCUGCCUAUCCCGGAUCGUAUCCUGUUCAUUAUGUACCUCCUCCCCCAUAUUUUUCAACAGACCAGCCACGUUAUGAAUUUGAAAAGAAUUUCCCCACCACAGAACAUCAUCAUUGUUGUGGCUGCCCAAACCAUUCUUGUAAGCAGAGUGACAGUGACAAGAAGAGUGUGAAAAUUGUGGAACAUGAUGAGGAGGACAUUGAUAGGAAAAACGCUCCCCAGAAUCAUCCUUAUCCACUUGUUUUGCUUCCAUAUGGUGGUGACACGAGGAGAGAGCACACAAAACCUUACAAUGAGGAGAGGGAGGAAGCUUAUCAGGCCAAGCCUUCUCGUGAUUUGGAAUCAUCUGAACAACCAAAAAAUUUGAGGAAUGGUUGGCCACCUUUGAACGUGAAGAGGUCUGAAGGAAUGAAGAAAGGGGAAGACUUGCAAACAAACAGUGUACAGAAACAAGAUGAUAACAGCAUGUCCUUUCCAUUUCCAAUAUUCUGGAUGCCUUACCAACCAGAAAACACUGGAAAGGUGGAAAGCCAAGAAAGUGGUUUUGGUCAAAAUCCUCCUGAUCAGAAAUUGGCUUCCCACAUCGAGUCCAUGCACAAGGAUGAAGAUGAUGAUAAGACCAACAAAUCUAUGCAAAAUGAGGUUACUGGAAAUAAUGUAAAGAAGAUCAUUCCAGUAAAGCAAUUGGAAGAGAAUGACAUGAAGAAGGGGACUUCAGAAGAAAAUGGUGCUAAAAAAUUAUCUUCUCCCAAAAAGCCAUCUAAGCUAGCUCCUGUUUGUCUAAGGGUUGAUCCCUUGCCAAGGAAAAAAGGCAGUUCAAGAUCUCCUAGUCCUCCAGGUGGCAAAGGCAAAUCACAGGAUAUGCCAAAGGACAAACCUCCUGUCUCAUUGAAUGGGGAGAUCAGUGAAAGAAAAUGCCCAGUAACUAGUGGACUUCCAGACAGGGCUAGUGAGGUGGAGGAAAGAAAGUGCAGGACAAAAACAACAAAGGAUUCAACCCAAGGGGAUGGACAGAAAGAUUUGAAUGUUGGUUGCACUAAUUCUACAAGCCCAAGUGAUAACCAAAUAGGGAAUGGUGGAGUUGAAGCUCCUUUUGAGCCAGAAAAGAAAUGUCCAGGGGAAAGUACUCAAUCACAAUGUGAUAACACAGAAGGAGAAGGUCAGAUAAAAAAACAAUUGUCAGAAGAUGAGGCGGCUGCAGUGAUCCAGUCUGCAUAUCGUGCUUAUGAGGUGCGCAAAUGGGAGCCUCUGAAGAAAUUAAAGCAAAUAGCCAGUGUGGGAGAAAAAAUGGCUGAGAUAAGAGGUAAUAUUCAGGCUUUGGAGCAUUCUCCAGACAAGCUGGUUGAUAACAAGCAGAAAAAUGUAAUUUCAGAGACAAUAAUGAGCCUUCUGCUGAAGCUUGAUACAAUUCAGGGUUUGCACCCAACUGUCAGGGACAUUCGGAAAUCAGUGGCUAGAGAGCUUGUUGGUCUGCAGGAGAAGCUGGAUUCUAUUCCUGAUAGUAGCCCACAGGUAGUAACUGAUAAACAUACUGAGGAUACUAUGAGGAUACAUCAAGAUGGGAAUGUUACAGUCGCACAAAGUCAUCAUGACACCAACAUAAUGGAGCAAUGUGAAGAACAACCUCUGCCAGUGGAAAAUUCACAAAGUAUGGUGGUGAACGGGCAAGGCGGGGAUAAUGAACAGAUUGAUGAGAUAUUUGGUGAGAGUCAACCAACAUCCAAGGAAUUGGAAGUGAGAGAGAUAUCGGAGCAUGAACAGUGCCUUUCAUCUCCACAUAGGCAAACAAAAGAGCUGACUUACUGUGAUGUGGAGGAGAUGGAUGGGGAUGUCAAGGAUCUGGUAGAUUUAUCCCAAGAAGAGCAUAAUGCUCAAGAGUCUAGUUUGCCCAAACAGAUGGACCAUGAUGUAAAGGAACUGGCAGAGGUUAAUACAGAACUAUCAGAAGAGAUAAUUACCAGUUGUGAAGAUCAGCAGGUGACACAAACACCACCUUGUGCGGUUGAUGAAGAAUCAGAAUCCGAAUCUCUAGAGUCUGCACAGACAGCAACUACAGGGAAUACCAGAAUGCCACAAGAUGAAGCAAGCAGAGGCCUUGAAACAGAACCCUUGAUAAAAGAAAGUAUAGAUAUGGCAGAGCAGUUACUCCCUGUCAAUUCAAAUAUGGGAUGUGAGGAAAAAGAGGUGCAGGAACCUAAACCCUAUGGAAUCACUGCCGAAGCACAAGUUGAAAAUGUGGGAGUCCUGAAUGAGGUUGCAGAGUUACUGGAGCUUAAUGAUAAUGGUAGAAUUGAGGAACAUAAAGAGAUACAUGGGAGUGUCAAAGGAGAGAUAGAUGAAGAUGAGUUCUCUUCAACACUGCAACAAGAAGUGAUAAUGGAGAGUGAUGGGAGCACCACAAAAGUAAACGAGGCAGAGGAACUAGUUGAAGUGCCAGUGCAGAAAAGUAAGGGUGCAGUUGACGAAGACCAUGAAAGUAUUGAUCCGAAGCCUAGAGAAUUGGAAUUGGAAUUGGAAGGGGAAGCGGAUGAUCGAAAGCUGGAGGAGGAGGAGAAUGUUGCAGAAUCAGGCAGCAGAGAAGCCAAAGAAACUGUGAAUGCAAUUGGUGAAGUUGAAAAUAUUGAUUGGUCAAUGUGUUCGGAAGCAAAUGGGCAGGAGGAGAUUGUACCAAUGUCGCCUACUGGCAGCCAGAUUUCCAUUCAAAGUGAAGAUAAUGGGAGAAAAGUAAUUGAGGAAAAUGAAAAGCUAAGGAAGUUGUUGGAGAAAAUGAUUGAAUCCGGAAAAGAGCAGCUGACAACCAUAUCUACUCUCUCUGGCAGAGUCAAGCAACUUGAGAGGAAAUUGUCCAGGAGAAAGAAACUGAAGAUGCGACAAUGUAGAGCAGCACACGUGAAAAAUGAUGUCUUUGAAGUUAUGUAAAGAGAGAAAUCUGGUGUAUGAAUGAAUUAUAAAUAAAUAGUUUCAGGCUUUUCUGUAUUGUAUGCAGUCCUUGUGUGAAUUAAAUAAAUAAUCCUUUUUU